AUGCGGUUCUCUGCCAGUCCGACCCUGCUCCUGGGUCUUACUUACCUGUCUGGUCCCGGACUCGCAUCCACCAUUGCGUCGUUCCUUGGGAUACCCUUUGCGCAACCCCCACUGGGUUCUCUCCGUUUCAAAGCUCCUCUAGCUUUGCCCCCUUCAACGGGUACACGCAAUGCGACUUCCUUCGGCUCCGCUUGCCCUCAACAACCAAGCACGUCGUUGGGGGCACCGAUUGCAGAGGACUGUCUGUUUCUGAACAUCUUCCGGCCCGCGGGAACCAGUGCUUCGGCUGCUCUUCCGGUAUUGGUGUGGUUCUAUGGAGGGGCGUAUACCUCUGGAGCGGCAUCCGAUCCGUCGUUCGAUCCGACAGCUAUCAUUCAACGCAGCGUAGAGAUCGGAAAACCCAUUAUGUUUGCCUCCGUGAACUACCGCGUGAAUACAUUUGGCUUCCUUGCAAGCCGAUUCGUACCCUCGGAGGAUCUCAACGCCGGAUUGCAAGAUCAGAGGAUGGCCCUCGAAUUUCUCCAGGAUAAUGUCGCGGCAUUUGGGGGUGAUCCGAACAAGGUGACGAUAUGGGGACAGUCCGCUGGCGCUGGAAGCGUGGAGACACAUGUACUGUUUCCGGCGAAGCGUAGUCUCUUCCGGGCAGCUAUGGCAGAUUCCUCCACCGGUCCCUUCAAAAGCUCUCCGUUCGCCUUUCAAUACGAUGAACCCGGCAAACCGUUCGCGCGCCUGACGUCGAUGGUUGGCUGCGCUCUUGGAAAUGCGUCCUUCGAGUGUCUGCAGGGCGUGCCAUUCGAAACUCUUCUAGGCGCAAGCAAUACGUUGAUUUCCGGCACUCUCAAUAGUCAAUUAUGGCAGCCCGCUGUUGGACCCCAAGGAAGCCUGUUACCCGAACGUCAAUCGGCGCGGAUUGCCAGUGGCCAGUUUCUGCACGUGCCCUAUCUUGCGGGCACAAACAACAAUGAAGGAACAGUAUUCAGCGGCUCCGUUCGGAACGUCCCUCACGCUCCCUCCCAGGAGGAUGCCUUGUUCGAUAACUUCAUAGGACAUCUAAUCUUGGAUAACACCACUCUGACCGAGCCCGUGUUGAAUCGUAUCCACGAGCUCUACCCUGCCAACGGAACCAAUAAUGGCGCUCCCUUUGAAACGGGUGACUCAUUGUUUGAUAGGGCUGAAGCGUGGUACACAGACAAUAUGUAUCUCGCUCCGAGGAGGCUCUUCUUCGACAAAGCGGCGCCUACACAACCUUUGUUUGCUUACUUCUUCAAGGAACUGAUACCAGGCAACGACCCUAGUUUAGGAGUUUUCCAUGCAUCUGAACUCCAGUUGCUCUUCGGGAGGAACACAGUAGCAUCGAGUGAAGCGGCUUUCGCUGCCAACUUCACAGAUGCAUAUGUCAACUUUGUGCACGAUCUCAACCCCGGAGCAUUUUGGCCGCGUUUCACUUCGAAGACGAAGCAGGUUCUACAGUGGAUGAAGAACAACAUCACGGGGAUUCCGGAUGACUGGAACGUGGACCGCACGGAAUUCUUGAACUCUCGGGAGGUCCUCAACGAGUUUGAGAAGUAG